UAGCAUUAAAUGUUGUUUCUCUUUACAGAGCAACAACUUGGCAAUUGUUUCACUUAUUACAAAACAACAUUUAAUAUAGCUGUUGUAAACAAUGGAAAAGUUAAAAUUCGAGUUUGUUGUAAAACCGGCUGAAGAUCCAAAAACAAACAUAAUGUGCAUAACCUCAAUUAUGGAUGCAGAUAAAAAUACUUUUUUGAUUCCGGAGCAAUUACAAUCAGUGAAACUACACGAUGUGGUAAUACAGACAAAAAUUUUUCAAAAAGUAAGAACUACACUGCAAAGGAGACAUGAAAAACGACAAGUAUGGAUUUCUGUUACACCGGAGUUACGUGAUGCCUACAUGGAUGAAGAUGGAAACAUGCAAUUUAAAGGUUAUUUACUGGAAGAAGUUACAUCUAUUUCACAAAAGCAGAUUUCUACGGACACGACAACAGAAGCUCUUUCAAGAAUGUUGGCUAAUUUUGCGGAAUCGGAGAAGGAGCCUAAACUGUUCAAUUUAAAGAAGUUAUCUGAAAUGUUUGUAAUCGAUAAAUUUACACAAAAAACGUCCAGUGCAACACAAUGGAUGAUCAUCUUCGAAACUGAAUGUGCUCGUAUGGGUAUAAAUGAUGAUACUCACAAAAUUCAAGGGUUAAGGUUAUUUUUAGAUGAUUCUUGUCAAGAUUGGUAUAGUUCCAUGCUUAUAAAGUAUACAUUGAAUUCUGAAUGGUGUAUUUGGAAAAAGAAUUUUUGUGAAACAUAUAUGAACAAAGGCUGGACGCCGGUAAGAUAUGCUUUUUUAUUUAAGUAUAGGCAGGGAUCGCUACUAGAAUAUGCUUUAAAGAAAGAGAGGCUUUUAUUAGAGACAAAUAAGUCAAUAGAUAAAACCACUUUAAUUAAUUUAAUUGUAACUGGGUUACCUAAUUUUAUAGCUGAUGAAAUUGAUAGAAGUGAUAUAAAGGAAACUGAACAGUUAUUUAAUAGUAUUCGUGGGUUAGAACAUCUAAAUAAAAAAAAAUUUGUAAAUAAGGAAGUACAUGUUGAAAAUAAAAUUAAAGAAAAAUCUUUGAAGGAAAAACCGUGCAAAAUCUGUGAAAAAGAAAAGAAAGGAAUUCGAUAUCAUUCAGAGUCUGUAUGUUGGUUCAGAAAUAAAAAUGAUAAUCAAUAUAAAAAAGAGUCGAUUAAAAGUGUUAAUAAUUCUGAAUUGGAAAUGAGUUUAAAUGAAGUAGAUCCAAAAAACUAA